GGUGGAUUUCUGUAUUGAAGGCUAUUUAACAGAUGCUGACUCUGAGUCUCUUGUCAGUCAGCCAUGGGUCAUCCUGGGAUUCAGAUGUGGACAUGGACAGUGUUUGUCUUCUUAAGUUGGAUGUGUGUUGGUCGAGCAGCGGCAGGACCGCAGUACAUGGUCGCCAUUCCUGCAGUUCUCGAAGCUGGAGCUAAGACCAAAUUCUGUGCAAGUCUCCUGCAGCCCAAUGAGACUCUGGUCAUGACAGUCACUUUGGUGUCCCAAGAGAAAAAUACGACCCUUCUCCAGAAGACAUCCAGUACAGAGUUUCACGACUGCAUUCAAUUUGAGGCUCCUUUAGUGCAGAAUGAAGUGGUGCAGAAGUUGGAAGUGGAGGUACGAGGCGACACGUUUUACUCAAAACAAGUCAGAAAAGUCAAAAUCCAAUUCCACAAACCAAGGACAUUUGUCCAAACAGAUAAACCAAUCUACCUCCCCGGACAAACAGUGCAUUUCAGAGUCAUCACACUAGACUCCAAGUUGAGAGCUGCCAGUCAGCUGUACAAUAUCAUUGAAAUCGAGGAUGUUAACAACAACAGGAUUGGACAGUGGCUGAACAAAACAUCGGGCGGUAAAAUACUGCAGCUUUUUUACAACUUGAACUCUGAGGCCCGUGAAGGAACCUACAACGUUAUUGUAUCAGUUGGUCAACAAAAAAUACGUCAUAGAUUCAAGGUUGAGAAAUACGUUUUGCCUAAAUUUGAUGUAAAAAUCAAAUCAUCUGACAAGGCAAGUAUUGAUCAGGAGGAAAUCGAAGCUGAAGUAUGUGCAAAGUAUACAUAUGGCCAGCCUGUACCAGGCAGUGUUCAUGUUGAGAUGUGUCGACCUCUUCAACGCUACUAUUAUUAUACUCCUGAUAAUCCGGACAAUGCCCCCGAGCUAACAGCCCCAUGCCACAAGGAGACAAAGCAGACGGACAAGGCGGGCUGUGCCACUUUCACCAUGAAGAUGGCCACUUUCACAAAGCUUGACCAGAAGGUUUUGAUGGAUGAGCUGGUCCUCAAGGCUACAGUAGAAGAGGAGGGGACAGAUAUUUCACACCCAGCACAGGAGAAAAUAAAGAUUUCAUAUGUUGUUGGAAAGCUGUCGUUCAUUGACACACCCAAGAUUUAUGAGCAAGGAUCAAAUGUGGUGGGAAAAGUUAAAGCAGUCUAUUUCAAUAAUACACCCAUUCCUGACAUGCCGGUGUACCUGUUUGAGGGUGUGAGACGGUCAGCAAAUCGGCUUCAGAAUCUCACAACUGACAACAAUGGUGUUGCCGCUUUCUCACUGAGCACGGCUAACUUUAAAGGAAACUUCCACCUCUAUGUUAGCAACAAACCGACACUGGGGUAUGAUCAUUAUAGAGCUGCACACUAUGAGACCGGAGAUCACAUGGUGUCAUUGAUCCAACCUACAACUCCUGAUACUAAAACCACAAGCUCCCUGGAGGUGAAGAAGAAGGAUGCACCACUUCCCUGUGACAGAGAAGAAGACAUCACCAUUAAAUACACUGUAGCUGGAGAGGCACCAGGCUCUGUGGAUGUGAUGUAUCUGGUUUUAUCCAGAGGAGCCAUUGUCAUGCAAGGACUUCAACAGAUCGAGGUGCAGGCUAAAUCAGUGACUGAGGGCGAGGUGUCCUUCAGGUUGAAGGUGUCUGCAGAGAUAGCACCAGACGUCCAGAUUGUGGCUUACGCCGUCCUCCCCAGUGAGACUGUGAUCGCCCACAGUGCUGACUUCUCCAUUGAGAAAUGCUUCACUAACAAGGUGUCCUUGGAGUUUUCUCCCUCGUCAGCUGUCCCAGGAGAGGAGACCAACCUGCAGGUGACGGCCCAGCCGGACUCUCUCUGUGGUGUGAGUGCUGUCGACCAGAGUGUCCUCAUCAAGGAGCCAGGGAAGACCCUGCAGGCAGAGCAGAUAUUUGGGUUGCUGCCGGUCAGAAAAGUAUCCAAUACUCCAAAUGACGUUCAAGAUCCUAUCGAUUGUCUGUAUGUGAGACCUAGAAGAUACAUUCUGCCUUAUCCUCCUAACCUCAGUGACAGAGAGGACGCUUAUACAGUUUUCCAGAACGUAGGGCUGAAGAUGGCAACAAACUUGUUAAUCCGAGUACCUUCAUGCCUCAAAUACAGGGGAAUAGAAUACCGCCGUGGCUAUGAUGUUGGUAUAGCGUAUGACAGGUUUCAUAUGAGAAGAAUAGGUUCCCGUGUAGGAGCAGCUGCACCUGGUUCAUCUAGGUUAGUUGGGGGAAGUUAUCCUGAAGAUACCUCACCAAUAGAGACUGUCCGCACUUUCUUCCCUGAAACCUGGAUAUGGGACCUGGUGGAAGUUGGAGAGUCUGGAACGAAGGACGUGCCCUUCACUGUCCCAGACACAAUCACCACUUGGGAGACAGAGGCUUUCUGUUUGUCCCCUCAGGGUUUUGGCUUGGCUCCUCGUAAAGAGAUCAAAGUGUUCCAACCCUUUUUCCUUGAGCUGAGUCUGCCUUAUUCCAUCAUUCGGGGGGAGCACUUUGAACUCAAGGCAACCAUCUUCAACUACCUGUCCAGCUGCAUCAUGGUCACUGUGACUGCAGCUCCCUCCUUAGAUUACACCCUCACCCCCCUCUCUGGUGACGAGUACACAUCCUGUCUGUGUGGCGGCGAGCGCAAGACCCUCAGCUGGACCAUGGCUCCCUCAGCCUUGGGGGCUGUGAAUGUAUCUGUGACUGCUGAGGCUGUAGCAUCCCACGCUUUGUGUGGCAACGAGAUUGUGAGCGUGCCAGAAAGAGGUCGUAUUGAUGUGGUCACACGAUCUCUCAUUGUAAAGGCUGAGGGAACUGAGAUGAUGAAGAACUACAACUGGCUGCUCUGUCCAAAAGAUGAGACUUUGACAGAAGAAAUAGACAUAGAACUCCCUGAGAACAUGAUUGAUGGAUCUGGCCGAGCUACACUAUCAGUCCUGGGUGACAUUCUGGGCCGAGCCCUGAAGAACCUGGAUGGGCUGCUGACGAUGCCAUACGGAUGUGGUGAGCAGAACAUGGCACUUCUGGCCCCGAACAUUUACAUCCUCCAGUACCUGAGAAAUACACAGCAGCUGACCCCAGCUAUCACAGAGAAGUCUAACAACUACCUGACCAGUGGCUACCAGAGACAGCUGAACUACAAACAUUCUGACGGUGCUUAUAGCACAUUUGGAGCAGGAGCAGGGAACACUUGGCUGACAGCUUUCGUGCUCAGAUCUUUCGCCAAAGCCCAGUCUUUCAUCUACAUCGACCCAACAAAGAUUGAGCAGUCAAAGAUUUGGCUGGAGCGCAAACAACGUGAAAACGGCUGUUUUGAACAGUCAGGAAAACUCUUCAACAACAGAAUGAAGGGUGGAGUGUCUGAUGAAGUGACUCUCAGUGCCUACAUAACUGCUGCCUUCCUGGAGAUGAAUACGUCUGCAAAUGAUGCCUUGGUAAAACAGAGUCUGUCAUGCCUCAGGGAGUCCAUGAGUGACCUCAGUAACACCUACACCACUGCUCUGCUAGCAUACGUCUUCACCCUGGCAGGAGACAUGGAGGCUCGCGCUCACCUUCUGAAGCACCUAGACACUGUUGCUGUAAGACAAGGAGGUUUCCUCCACUGGUCUCAGACAGCAGCAGAAACGUCAGCCUCUCUGUCUGUGGAGAUCAGCUCCUAUGUGCUGUUGGCCAAACUCAGUGCCUCUCCUACUGCUGAAGACCUGGGUUACACCACACCGAUUGUCAGAUGGCUUACAGGGCAGCAGAACUACUACGGAGGCUUCUCCUCUACACAGGACACAGUGGUGGCUCUUCAGGCUCUGGCUCUCUACGCAACUCUGGUGUUCAGUCCGGUUGGUUCAAGCACAGUGACAGUCCAGUCUCCCAGUGGCCAGCUGACAUUUGAUGUUAAUCAGGACAACAAACUGCUCUACCAGGAGGAGGUGCUGAAGUAUGUGACAGGAAAGUACAGCCUGGAGGUGAAGGGCACUGCAUGUGCUUCAGUACAGAUUUCUCUGCACUACAACAUCCCAACUCCUACUGAUGUGAAUACCCUCAGUGUGGAGGUUAAACCAGAGGCUGACUGCACCCUCAAGAGACCCAAACUUACUCUGAAGCUUAAGUCCCUAUACAGUGGAAAGGAGAGCACUACUAACAUGGUGAUCCUGGAUAUCAAAAUGCUCUCAGGGUUUGUCCCAGACCCACAGUCUUUGAAGAGGCUCAAAGGUGCCCAGCUGGUGGAUCGUGUUGAACAAAAGGAAGAUCACGUUCUCGUGUACUUAAAGAGGCUAACAAAGGACAUUCUUAUCAACCACACCCUUGAGAUUGUACAGGAGCACCCAGUGCAGAACCUGAAGCCAGCUGUGGUCAAGAUCUAUGACUACUACCAGACAAGUGACCAGGCUGAGACAGAAUACAGCUACCCUUGUGUUGCAGCUUGAAGUGUGACGUGUAGUCCGUCCUCAGGUGGUCGCUGAUUCCAGUAUCAUUUGAUACAAUUCUGAACUUUGUGUAAUUCCAUGUCUGUUUUCUGGAAUUGUACACAUACAGUUAAGACUUAUCUGCUGUUAAUGAAAGACAUGCACAGUGGACAGUGAAAUAAAGUGAUCUAAAUCUC